UUGGGACAUUCGGUCGUCGGUUAUGUCUUUACAAAAGACUGCUUUACAAAAGACAGCUUUACAAAAGACAGCUUUACAAAAGACAGCUUUACAAAAGACAGCUUUACAAAAGACAGCUUUACAAAAGACUGCUUUACAAAAGACAGCUUUACAAAAGACGUCUUGACAAAAGACAGCUUUACAAAAGACUGCUUUACAAAAGCAUUUUCUCACAAAAUUGAAUACUUUUGCUUUACAAAAGACGUCUUGACAAAAGAUUGCUUUAAAAAGUCUGAAAAGACUUUGACAAAAGAUUGCUUUACAAAAGUCUGCUUUACAAAAGAUUGCUUUACAAAAGAUUGCUUUACAAAAGUCUGCUUUACAAAAGACAGCUUUACAAAAGAUUGCUUUACAAAAGCCAUGACUGAUCUUCAUCCAAUUUGUUUAAUCGAACUUAAUGAAGUAAUUUCUGCAUAUCUCCUGCAUGUAUUUGGAAACGAGAGGAUAAGACAACUCACCAAGGUUUCCAGACGCCAGAUCCAAAGACUUGAAUCAACUGCAGGAGUAAUCCUAAGCUUUGAAGAAGGAUUAACCAAUAAGAAAGAUGUCAUUGACUCCAAGCGUGAAAGCCUUGCUGCUUUCUUACGCAAACACCCAUGGGUCGAUGUUGAUCUCCAAACUCCUUACCAAGGACUCGUUGAAACCUUCACGACCUACAGACAGCUCCUUGACAGACCUGAGCAGAACCUUCUGGUCGAACGUGAUGGCACAUUAAGCCCUACAGACGAGUCAAUCCAGAGAGAAGAAGCUCAAGAGUAA